AUGACGAAGCACAAGGUGUUCUCGAAAAAGGCAAAAACCAACCUCACGCAUCUCUAUCUGAACGAUAAAAAUAUGACGAAAAUCAGUACCAUCUACCCGACGAAGAACAUUCUCGUGCUGUACCUACACAACAACCAAAUUAGCAAGAUCGAAAAGCUGAGUGCUUUUGCGCACCUGACGCACCUCUAUCUGCAGUGGAAUAAUUUGCGUAAGAUCGAGAACCUCGACAGUCUGAAGAACCUCAAGCAGCUCUAUCUGGGUUACAACAAAAUCACACGCCUGGAAAACCUGGGUAAUCUAAAAAAGCUCGAGCAGCUUCACAUCGAACGCCAGCAGCUGGACGGAGCCGUACGGUUUGACUUUGAUCCGGAAUGUCUAUGCGCGCUGGCCAACCACCUGAAGGUGUUGAACGUGAAAAAGCUUAAGCUCGCCAACAUCGACGCACUGGAACCGCUCUGGAAGUUGGAGAUUCUGCUCGCUUCCGAGAACAACUUCAAGUCGACGGACGACAUAACGCACGUCAUCAGUGCGCUGUAUUCGUUGCGUGUCCUCGAUCUGCAAGGAUGCACUGCCCAACGGGAUGUGCACUAUCGUGAGAAGGUCACGGCAGCCGCUGGUCACAAGCUUCUGCUGCUGGAUGGCAAAAUGAUAUCGCAGUCGACGAGAAAUUUCAUCAAAAACUUCCAGACCAUCAAGCUGGAAAAGCAGCGGCGGGCGAGCGAAAAACCUAAAACGGCGGAAAACACCAACUCCAAGUCGUCCUUUGAAAGCGUCAGCGAGCGCAGCAGCGGGACAGGUUUUGUGGAUCCGUUCAGUGCGGUUCUGCCUCACAAGUUCCCGGGAAACUCGCUGUUUCAGGUCACGACACGCAGACAACCUGCCUGCACGCGAGUCCUUCGGAAGCCAGUCAAGUCACCGCUGCUCACGAAAACGAUGUCGGCCAAUUUCUGUGAUGAGAUGGCGUUCCGGUCGAAUGAGUUGCACCCGGCGGCGGCCGUCGUUAUGUUGCAGGGCCGCGAGAUUAAGGCGGGUUCGCCGGUGUUUAAGGAUAAGUUGCGUGCCCACCGGAAGAUCCAGUCACUGCCGAGCAUUGAGCAUUGAGGCGAGCUUCGUGAGUGUGUGUUGAAGGGGCUGCAAAUGAAAA